AUGUCGCCAAAGAACUCGGUCUCGUUUGCCGUUCCCCAACGUGCCUACAGUAUUGAUGUAGAUACGAUGGCAGAAUCGCCAAAGAAGUCGGUUCACAAGGCUGGCUCCCAGCUGACCAACUACUUCCGACCAGCCCACAGUGAAAUACGAUUUGGGAAAAUGAGAUUCUUAAUCACUGAUCGCCCUACGGACAUUAAUGUGGAACAAUACAUUAAUGUAAGUGAUUACUUUUACAGUUUUUAUGAUGACAUUGUUACUUUGAUUGGGUUAAUAUAAAGCAAAAAACUUUUUUAUUUUGGUUUUUUGUUCUAUAAGGUAUUGGCUAGGUAACAAUACUCAAACAAUAUUUUAAGAGAACAAUACUUAUUGUUCAUUAGGACUAAUAACUUUGAUUACCACGUUAAAAUUUGUUAAGAGCUUUUGUAAGCUAAUCAAAGUAUUAAUUAUUUAUCAACAUAUAUAAUCCUUUAGUCUCAAGUACUUGCAUGAACAAGAAAAACAAAUUAUUUUUCUCGUAUUAGCUCUAAUACAUCAUGUAACAAAAAACAUACAAAAACACUGUUUUUUAAUAUUAUAGUACAUGUCAACAACUAAAUAUCAAAAAACAAUUUUAAGUGAUACUUUCAGCCUUAUCAAAAGCUAUAGAGUAUUAUAGUUAAAUUUUUUAAAGCUUUAUAAAAAGACUUUAAACUUUGAAUAACAUAUUCAUACCUUCAGGACCUUGUAAGACACCGUGCCACCGUCCUGAUCCGGGUCUGUGAGCCAACCUACAACACCGCCCCAAUCACGGCUAAAGGCGUCUCAGUUCAAGAUUGGGAGUUUGUGGAUGGUCAGCCUCCGCCAGCUACAGUCAUCGACAAAUGGCUGAAUCUGUGUUUGGAAAAGUUUUCUGGGAACGCUGGAGAAGAAUGCAUCGCCGUGCAUUGUGUAGCCGGCCUGGGACGAGCGCCGGUUUUGGUCGGAAUCGCUCUUCUGGAGGCUGGAAUGAAGUGUGACGAUGCUGUUUUCUUGAUCAGAAGGUCGGUUUUUGGUUAGUCACUUAAGAAGCCGUAUUUUACUUUUAACUUAAAAAUUACUCGUAGAUCUUUUAAAAUUUUAAAACACCAAAACCUGAGAGUUCAAAAGUGUUGAUCCCCUCAGGUCUAAGCCCAAGACCAAACUUUUGGUCUCGGAAAAACAAAGCUGAGCUUCCAGAAAGUUCACGAGCCUGCUGACCUCUUUCUCAAACAAACACGAGGUUCUUGAGUAAACAUCUGAUUUCAGCCAACGUCGUGGUGCUCUGAACGAGCGACAGUUAUCCUUCCUACAACAAUACAAAAGUCACGGUCGCUUACGUAAACUGAGAUACGUGAGCGACUUGAAGAAGGAGAAGGGCUGCGUCAUCAUGUAA